AUGAAAAUACCUCCAACAACCACAAUGUCUGAGAUGACAAUUACUACAAGCUUACCUCUAAUGAACAUAACUGGUUCAGCACUGGUUACAAGCAAACUGCUGUUCAACUCCUCAUCUCCAGUUCCCAGUGAAACUAAGGCCCUCAGUGUUAUCAACACUCUUCUGAAAUCCAGAGAUUCGCUGCUCUACAAUUCAGUGCAGGUGCUAAAUGUCACCUAUGAAAAUAUCUCAGAGACCUCCUAUGCAAUCAUCUUUACAUUUAACCUGAUUAACAUUAGUAUACCAGAGGACCCUGAGCUAAAGAACAGCACCUAUCAGCACUUGCAGAAUGUUAUUAAUAAUGUGUUGAACACACUUCUGAAUGAACCUGGCAAUGAGGUUCUUGAAGCCAAGUCCUCUACAUUCACGAUCGAGAGGGUGUUAUUUUACAUCAGGGUAAUUUUUAUUACAUGGGGCCCCCUACCAAGUGAGAGUGAAGUUCAAAAUUUAGUCAAAUCACUUCUGAUCCCAAGUCUCAGAGUUGACACAGCACAAACCCUAAGUGACCCUGUGAGCUAUGUGAAUGUCACCUAUGAGAAAAUUGCUGAUAAUUCAUAUGCCCUCAAAUUUGGAUUUGAGAUCAAGAGUCUAUCCAUGGCAGAAAAGCUUGAAGUUAGGGAUGCCAAUUACAUGUUCAUUCAAAACUCCAUAAAAAGAAAGCUGAACCAGAUCCUAAGUGACUCUGACACAUCUAUUGAGUUCAACAAAGCCAGUUUCAUAAACAAUUCCAGGGAGGUAAUUGCAACUGUGGAUUAUAUUUUCCGACAACAAGACAUCAAAUCACCCAGUGGCUUUCUCCAAGAACUUCUCAAAGUUAUGAAUAUCCCAACAACUCCAGCUCCAACUGUGAAUAACCCAACUCAGAAACCUGUAGAAAUACCAGAUGUGAUUGGGAAGGUGAUUAUCUAUAUUCAGCUCAUAUUUAUCACACGGGGCCCUAUACCAAGUGAGGCGAAAGUCUUAGAGUUGGCUACAAAUCUGCUGGCCGUACGUUUCAGAACUAAACGAGAACUAAGGGCACAAACCUUGAGUACCCCUGUGAGCUUUGUGAAUGUCUCCUACACAAAACUUUCUGAUACGUCAUAUGCCCUGGAUUUUGGAUUUGAAAUCAGCAAUGUUACCAUGUCUGAGAAACUUGAACUCAGGGAUACCACAUAUAAAUUAAUCCAGGACUCUAUAAAUAAAUUGCUGAAUGAGAUCCUAAAUGAGCCCACUGCCACACCAUUUGAGUUCAAAGAUGUCAAUUUCACGGGUAACUCCACUACUAUUCAGGCGAAUGUACACUAUGUAUUCUCAGAAAGUGACAUCCAGAAACCAAAACCUAUUGCCACAACUACGCCUGCAGCAACAACAACAACAACAACCACCUUUUACUACACAGUGCUAAGCACUACAAUCACAAAUAACAGCACUAGUGCUGCAUGGGUUGUUGCCAUCAUUGUGCCCUGUGCUAUUGCCAUCUUCCUCAUACCUUGCUGGAUUCUCCUGUGUUGUUUGCUUUGUGGUUGCUGUACAGCAAUAAGAAGACGGUGGUCCAGAAGACGGUCAUAUAAUGUACAAUACACUACUCGAAACAGCCUUUUCUAG